AUCGAUCCCAUCGUUCCAUCAUUUAUUCCAUCAUGAUCCAUCAUCCUCCAUGAUUCAGCAUCAGGUCCGAGGAUGGUUCUCUGCGGCUCCACAGUACGCACACUUGGCCGAGCUUUCCAGUCUCCGCAGUCUGGCGUCACUGACGAGUCGCCGCGUUUUGCCAGACGCUGAGCAGCAUGAGCAGAGAGAGGAGCAUCUAGCAGCGGUCCCGAGCGCAGAUCGCGCGGCAGACGUGCUUGUCCAAUCGUACUGGAUGUCUUCUGCAUGCGAUCCACUCCAGAUCAUGUGGAAGUGGCGGCAUGGCAUAUCACGAGCGGAAGCUGAUUACAGAGUUGGAGCGGAGGCUGAUUGCGUUCGUGGCCGAAAUCAGAUCAGCAAUUUCCAGCGCAAUUGGGUGGCCAAGUCUCCAUCCUCCGCAACGCAUCAACAACAAAUCCAUCCUCGCCUGGCGCAUGCUCCGAGCGCUCCGCCGUAUCGCAAUGACAACAGCAGUACCUCAGCGGCCCGUCAUCGCGGUCGUGGGCACCACAGGCGUGGGCAAGUCGAACCUCGCUGUGUCGCUGUGCAAUGCUCUCCCCUCGCUCUCUGCCUCCUCCACCCGCCCUCUCCCGAGCAAGGGCAAGGUCCUCUCCGCCGACUCGAUGCAGCUGUACAAGGGCAUGGACGUAAUCACGAACAAGGUUACCGUGGAAGAGCAGGGCGGUGUAGAACACUGGGGCUUGGAUGUUGUGCAGCCCGGCGAAGACGGGAGCUGGGAGGUCGGGAAGUGGUGCAACGCCGCGGACCGUGAGCUUGAACACACGCCAGAGUCCACGCUCCCCGUCAUAUGCGGUGGCACACACUACUUCAUCCAGCACUUCCUCUUUCCGCCCGAUGAGCUGGUUCUCGACCGCCAGCGGGAGGAAGAGCGGAAGAACGACGCCCUCGCGAUCCGGUGGACGCCGCCGCGCGCCAUGCCGCCCGUGCCGGAGGACAUGGACCCAGAUCUCCUCCGUCUUCUGGAGACCUUCUGGCGCAACGACGCCGUGUACCCGCCAGAAGGGGAGGCCGAGGCCUCCGGCUCUCAGCGCCUCACCUCCCGCCCCGUCGCCGAGACAGACCACCAGCUGCUGAGCUUGUGGCGCGUGCUCGAGGCUGUGGACCCGAACGACUCUGUGCGCUGGCAUUGGCGCGAUGGGCGGAAGGUGCGCCGCUCCAUCGAGCGCUGGUGGGAGCGCGGGGGCGGGGAGGUUGAGGCCGCGGAGUCUGGGAGUGGGCGGAGCGCACGCUUCCGCACCCUCAUAUUUUGGGUGUACGAGCCACUCGCGAAUCUCAAGGACCGGCUCGACGCCCGCGUGGAUAAGAUGGUUGAAAGCGGGUUGUUGGACGAGAUCGCGGAGUUGCGACAGAUCGCGCGGCGCGUGUAUGGGAGCGAGGAAGCGACAGACAUGUUCGAAGGCAUCUUCCAGGCCAUUGGAUAUAAGGAGUUUGCGGGGCUGCCGCUUCCUCAAGAACGACCGUUCGAGAACCCCGAGUUCAGGCGCAUGCUUGACCUCAUGAAAAUCAGUACGCACCGGUACGCCAAGAGCCAGAUCAAGUGGAUCAAGAAGCAGCUCCUCCCCGCCGUCCAUGAGGCGCGCUCGCGGGGCGGCGACGUGCACAUCUACGUCGUACCUGGUGGCGCGCAGGGCGAACCGCUGGCGCAGGACAUUAUGGCACGUUUCUUGCGGGGUGAGGCCUUGCCGGAUCCUGCCACGGUGGGACAUCCGGAGGCCGCGGAGCUGCUGAAGAUCCUCGCGGCGGAGCCGGCGCGCGUAGCGGAUACAGCGGACCGCCAAGUUCUGAACGCGAGGCGGAUAUGCGAGGACUGCUCUGCGCCCGGCAAGCCGUUCUCUGUCCGUGAAGUGGACUGGAGCAUGCAUCUCAAGUCCAAGGUUCACAGAUUAAACACGAAGUACGGGGGGAUGAGCAGGGAGGAGUUCACCGCGAUGCAGAAGGCGCAGGGGCUCGCGCGGAAAGCGGCGUUGGACGCCGAGCGAGCAAAGGCGAAAUUGGCGUCUGAGGCCACGGAGAGCUUAGCAUCGGAGACGAAGGAGAGCAUCGCAUGUGAGGCGAAGGAGAGCGCAUUUGAGGGCGCGUAGAUUGUAUGCAUUUCUCCGUUCUGAGCUGUUCA